GGACUUCCGGAGCCACGACGACAGAGCAGAGUGACAGUUGAUUUGUCCAAAAGGACAGCUCACAAGCAGUGACGUCUCUGUCUCUACGGCGGGCGGGAUAUCCGCAGUAGUAAACUAGCUAAUAACAUGGCGAAGACUUAUGAUUACUUGUUUAAACUACUUUUAAUCGGCGAUUCAGGCGUCGGAAAGACCUGUGUGCUAUUCAGAUUUUCGGAAGAUGCCUUCAACUCAACGUUUAUCUCUACUAUAGGUAUUGAUUUCAAGAUCAGAACAAUAGAAUUAGAUGGAAAGAAGAUCAAGCUACAGAUAUGGGAUACAGCAGGACAAGAGAGGUUCAGGACCAUCACGACAGCCUACUACAGAGGAGCCAUGGGCAUCAUGUUGGUGUACGACAUAACAAAUGAGAAGUCCUUUGACAACAUCAAGAACUGGAUACGGAAUAUAGAAGAGCAUGCCUCGGCAGACGUGGAGAGGAUGGUCCUUGGGAACAAAUGUGAUUGCAAUGACAAGCGACAAGUGUCCAAAGACCGAGGGGAGAAGCUGGCGCUGGAGUACGGUAUCAAGUUCAUGGAGACCAGUGCGAAGGCGAACAUCAACGUCGAGAAUGCUUUCUUAACCCUCGCCAGAGACAUCAAAGCAAAAAUGGACAAGAAGCUGGAGGGCAACAACCCGCAGGGCAGCAGUCAAGGAGUAAAGAUUACAGAACAACCCAAGAAGAGCAGCUUCUUCCGCUGCACGCUCCUGUGAGGAGACGGGAGUGUCGGCAUCCACCAUCGCCUUAACUGUGUCCCCCACUGGACAGAACUGGACAGAGCACACACUCUCCCCAAGUCUUCUUCACUUCGUCUUCCUCCUUUUUCUUUCUAUUAGGAAAAACUAAAGUUUAUCGCUCUUUUGGUUCCAUUGACAACUGUGAAUCUAACUCCCGUGGCCUCUGUUCGAUCUUUUCUCAUUAGAUUCUUGAUUCUUCCAAUUUUAUUGACUUUUAAAGGCUUUUUGUGAGAAACGAUCAAACCUUCCCUGCUCACAUUAAUGUCGGAUUCCUCGCUGGUUUCUUCCACCUGUUGUCGGUGUCACUUGGUGAAGUCUUAUUUAUUUGAUCCUCAUCACAUAAAGUAGCUCAGAUUAUACCUCCAGAAAAGGCUAACGAGUUUAAUGGGCUUCCUAAUUUUGAACAUGCUCCUGUCGAAUAAUGCGAUGUAUGUAUCCAAGGUGAUGAGAGUACAGUCCACAUUUGUGUACUGACUGGGUGGCCUAGACUUUUUAUUAUUAGAUAACAGAAAAUGUGAAUCAUUCAUCAUGAUUCUCAUCAUGAAACGGUAGUGCCAGCACAGGUUUACUCAUCAUAUCAACACUGGGGGUUUACAUGUCCUCUGUUCACCUUUACUACUCGUGUCUUUCUGAUUUCUUAGGCUGAAACAUUCCUCUUGUGAACACUUUAAUGUGCAAUGUAAUGUGUGUGUGUGUGUGUGUGUGUGUGUGUGUGUGUGUGUGUGUGUGUGUGUGUGUGUGUGUGUGUGUGUGUGGGGGGCGCAGAUUAAGCCUAUCUUUCAGUAUUCACGUGGAUGCAGUGAGACCGGGUUCUUGACAUUGAAGUAUGCUUGUUUUAAGGCCACGCAGAUUCCUUUUUUUUAGGUAUUGCAAUUUCUACGGUUAAUAUAAGAUGUGAUUCAACUAGCGGACUAGCAAUACCUGACUCUGACACCUGGAGGCAUGACAGUCUCACAGCGGUGGCACGUAAGGAAUCCCAGCGAUGAUGAAAUCAUUGUUUGACGCAUUCAUACUUCCUGUCGUCAGGUCCAAUGGGGGCGCACGCACACAAACUGUUUUCUGGGCCGUGGAGAGGUGCUGUGCUGUAGCAGUAUUUAUGGAGUGAAACAAAACAUAGCACCAAAAUGACAAAGUGCCCUUUUUAUGUUCUUAUUGAUUAUUAUGCACUUUUCCUUUUUUUUGUCCUUUUCUGUUAAAAAAAAAAAAAAAAAAAGUUCUUAACAUUUGUUGACUGUUUAUUACAAGUCUUAACUGAAA